AGUCAUGCAAUCCUUUGUAAUCGAAUAGAAAAAAGAAAGAAAAACCCAUGUCAAUCAUCGAUCUCCAUCAUUCACAUUCAUUGUGACAUUCACUGUGUGGAGUCAAUAAUACUAAAUGCAAUUUCUCACUUGCUCCUUACCUUAUUUGCUUUCCCAGAUUUUCAGCUUCUUCCUCUUCAUCAUAUCUUCAGAGGGUUCUUGUAGACCUGAAAUUUCUGAAAAAGUCCAUGUAUAUGUUUCAUUAAAGGAUAGGAGGCAGCUAGGUAAUUGAAGCUCAUUUUGAUUUCUGGGUGAGUGGUGAAGAGCUUGUUAGUAUCAAGAAUGGCGGUUUUGCAGCUCUUCAUCACCGCCUCGAUUCCGGUCUUGAAGGUGCUCUUCAUCACUGCACUUGGAUCCUAUCUUGCACUUGAGCGAAUUAAUAUUCUUGGGGAAGAAACCAGGAAGAACUUGAAUACAGUUGUAUUUUAUGUAUUCAGUCCUGCCUUGGUGGGAACUAACCUUGCCCAGACUAUUACAUAUGACAGUAUGAUUAAACUGUGGUUUAUGCCUGUGAACAUCUUAGUCACAUUUCUUGUUGGUUCUCUACUUGGAUGGAUACUCAUCCAAUUAGCAAGACCACCUCCACAUCUCAGAGGCCUCAUUUUGGGUUGCUGUGCUGCUGGAAAUUUGGGGAACUUGCUCCUCAUUAUAAUCCCAGCAGUUUGUAAAGAGAAGGGAAGCCCAUUUGGAGCUCCUGAUGUCUGUCACACUUAUGGAAUGGCUUAUGCAUCACUUUCAAUGGCAACUGGAGCCAUUUAUAUAUGGUCCUAUGUGUAUAACAUUGUGAGGAUAUCUUCAAAGAGGACUACCCAAGACUUACCCCAGUCUUUGGAGGAACCCUCUGAAUCAAACCAAGCGAGUUUCACUGAGCCUCUGCUUUCUUCCAAGGAAUAUGGGAUACUGGAGGACAAUGCCGAUCAGUAUGCCCUGCCCUGCACUAUAUCUCAACAAGACUCUAAGAUAGAGCCUCCAAGUAAAUCCAAAAACUGCAUAGUGAGAAUGUGUCAAAUGCUUAAUCUGAAAACGAUAUUUGCCCCUUCAACUAUUGGAGCAAUUGUCGGAUUUGCAAUUGGAGUCAUCCCUCAGAUUCGUAAUCUAAUGAUAGGAGAUGGUGCUCCUCUACGGGUGAUCCAAGACACUACUAACUUGUUGGGAGAUGGAGCUAUCCCCGCUCUUACUUUGAUAAUUGGAGGAAACCUCCUUAAAGGUUUGAGAGGGUCAGGGAUACAGAAAUCUAUUGUUGUUGGGAUCAUCUUUGUUCGUUAUGUGUUCCUGCCUCUUACAGGCAUAUUGAUCAUUAAAGGGGCGCUAAAAUUUGGCUUAGUGCACUCCGAUCCAUUGUAUCUAUUUGUUCUUCUGAUUCAGUAUACACUUCCACCUGCAAUGAACAUAGGAACCAUCACCCAAUUGUUUGGAGCAGGAGAAAGCGAAUGUUCAGUAAUCCUGCUGUGGACUUAUGUCUUUGCAUCAGUGUCACUUACUUUAUGGUCUGCCUUCUUCAUGUGGUUUGUGGCCAGGCUAUAGUGAAACAGCUACAAAACAUCCUAGUAAAAUUUAUAUCAUUCAUCUCGGAUCUGAUAGAGAACUGUAGGAGAUUGAUUCAUCACAUUCAAAUUUUCUGAACUUUAAGCAACAGAGGGGCAACUACAAGUGUUGUAAUUAGGUUCUGAAUUAAAUGCAAAGUAGCAAUACGCUUUUACAAAUCAAUCCUAGGAUAGAUUCAACAC